AUGGAUGCCUGGAACGACAUCAGCAAAAUUAUGAAAGGCGAUACAGGGGAGGUCAAAAAGAAAAUGGAAUCUUUAUUAACAUCAUUCCGACGUGAGAGACAAAAACAAGAUAGGUCGUUUAAAACUGGCUCAGGAACCGACACAAUUUUUAAAUCUAGCUGGUUCGCUUUCAAAGAAAUGCUUUUCUUGAUGGACAAGUUUAUACCAAAAGACACUAAAAACACAGAGGAGAUGAUUCGACCAAGGAAUCAAUAUCAAGAAGAGAAGGAGGAGAAGGAAGAGGAAGACAUGGCCAACAAUGACAUAGGUAUUGACGAAAUUAAUAAUGACACGCAAGUAACAGAAGUACCAGAACGAAUAACCCUCAAAAGAAAAUCAAAUUUUAUAUCUCCCAAGAGGGUCAAACGGGUACCAUCUGUGGCUUCUGUGAAUCAAGGAGCAACCAGUGCUAUCUCUAGAAGGCAAGAAGCAUACCAAAUAUUACAAGAAACACUUGCAAGUAAAAAACAAGAGACCUUAGCACAAUUUUUGGAGAACAUGUUGCUGCAAAGCAUAGAAAAUACAGCGCGCAUACACAAAGUGAAGUGGAACAUCUAA